AUGGCGCAGGUCGAGCAUUUGGCUGACAGCCUCGAGAAGCCGUCUGUCGAUAACCGCACAUAUCGUGUGAUCAGAUUGCCAAACAAGCUCGAGGCUCUUCUGGUCCAUGACCCGGAUACUGAUAAGGCCAGUGCUUCGGUCAACGUCAACGUAGGGAACUUCUCUGACGACGAUGACAUGCCUGGCAUGGCUCACGCGGUCGAGCAUCUCCUCUUCAUGGGCACUGAAAAGUACCCAAAGGAGAAUGACUACAACCAGUAUCUUGCCUCACACUCCGGUCACUCGAAUGCAUAUACCGCUGCAACAGAGACAAACUAUUUCUUUGAGGUUGCUGCUACCUCUCAUCCCCGAUCCAAAGCUCCGUCUGCUACGCCAUCCGCUACGCCGUCCCAGGCUCCAACUCCAGUCGGAACUAUGGCAGACAAGAUGUCUCAUCUUACCGUAGGAGGGGCAACAAACAGUGCCAGCUCCUCGAUAAGUGAUCUGACACCGCCGUUAUACGGUGCUCUUGACAGAUUCGCCCAGUUUUUCAUCGCUCCGCUUUUCCUCCCGUCCACACUAGACCGUGAGCUCCAAGCUGUCGAUUCAGAAAACAAGAAGAACCUGCAGAGUGAUCCGUGGCGUAUGCUGCAGCUAAACAAAUCCCUCUCCAAUCCAAAGCAUCCCUAUCACCACUUUUCCACAGGAAACCUGAAGACCCUUCGGGAUGACCCCCAGGAGCGUGGACUAGAUGUCAGGACCGAGUUCAUGAAGUUCCAUGAUAAGCACUACUCUGCAAACCGGAUGAAGCUUGUUGUCUUGGGCAGAGAGCCAUUAGAUGAAUUGGAGGGAUGGGUUGCAGAACUAUUUGCAGACGUGAAGAACAAGGAUUUGCCCCAAAAUAGAUGGGAUGAUAUCGAGGUAUUUGGGAAGGAUGAUAUGCUGAAGAUGGUUUUUGCAAAGCCCGUGAUGGAUAGCAGAACCCUGGAUAUCUUCUUCCCUUACCCGGACGAGGAAGAUUUGUAUGAGUCCCAGCCGAGUCGCUAUAUCAGCCACUUGAUCGGACAUGAGGGUCCUGGCAGUAUACUUGCAUACAUUAAGUCCAAGGGAUGGGCAACUGAACUUUCAGCCGGUUCGAUGCCCAUCUGCCCUGGAUCGUCAUUGUUUAACGUAUCCGUUCGUCUGACGGAGGAUGGCUUGCAUCAUUACAAAGAGGUCAUCAAGACCGUCUUCCAGUACAUUUCUUUAAUCAAGGAACGGGCACCUGAGCAGUGGAUCUUCGACGAGAUGAAGAACCUUUCUGAAGUCGAUUUCAAGUUCAAGCAGAAGACUCCAGCCAGCCGAUUCACAAGCAGCCUUAGCAGCGUUAUGCAGAAACCAUACCCGCGUGAAUGGCUCCUGAGCGGCUCGACUUUGUUGCGCAAGUUUGAACCCGAACUUAUUUCAAAGGGACUCGCCCAGCUUAAUGCUGACAAUUUCAAUAUCGAAAUCGUAUCCCAGACAUUCCCUGGUGACUGGGACCAGAAGGAAAAAUGGUACGGCACUGAGUAUAAGGUGGAGAAGGUUCCAGAGGACUUGCUUUCUGAGAUUCGUCACUCCUUGGAAUCACCCAAGGGUAGAAUUCCGGAAUUACACAUGCCACAUAAGAACGAGUUCGUUCCAACUAGACUCGACGUUGAGAAGAAGGAGGUAGCAGAACCCGCUAAACGACCAAGUCUGAUUCGAAUGGAUGAAAAGGUCAGAACCUGGUUCAAGAAAGAUGACACUUUCUGGGUUCCUAAGGCGGCGUUGGAGAUUACCCUCCGAAGUCCCCUGGUAUAUGCUACCCCUGGAAAUAACGUGAUGGCCAAAAUCUACUGCAGUUUGGUUAGGGAUGCCCUGACCGAAUACUCAUAUGAUGCAGAGCUAGCAGGAUUGGACUACGAUCUAUCUCCCAGCGUUUUCGGCUUGGAGGUAGCGAUUGUGGGAUACAACGAUAAGAUGGCAGUGUUGCUUGAAAAGGUUCUGUUGAUCAUGAGGGAUCUCGAGAUCAAACCAGACCGAUUCAAAAUCGUCAAGGAACGCAUGGCUCGGGGUUAUAAGAACUCUGAUUACCAGCUUCCAUACUACCAGGUCGGCAGCUUCACGAGGUACCUGACGGCCGAGAAAGCUUGGAUUAAUGAGCAGUUGGCUCCCGAGCUAGAUCACAUCGAGCUCGAGGAUGUCGCAGCCUUCUUCCCUCAGUUGCUUCGUCAAACGCAUAUUGAGAUCUUGGCCCACGGCAAUCUCUACAAGGAAGACGCGCUUAAACUUACCGACUUGAUUGAGUCGACCCUUAAACCGAGAACACUCCCACAGUCUCAGUGGCAUGUCCGCAGGAAUAUGAUCAUUCCUCCUGGAAGCAAUUACAUCUACGAAGAAACCCUCAAGGAUCCUGCUAACAUCAACCACUGCAUCGAGUACUAUCUCUUCGUUGGAGCUCUUACCGACCCCAUGUUACGUGCAAAAUGCUUGCUGUUCGGACAAAUGACAAACGAGCCUGCAUUUGACCAGCUCCGAACGAAGGAGCAACUAGGCUACGUUGUCUGGAGCGGUGCUCGCUAUUCCUCGACAACCCUGGGUUAUCGUGUAAUCAUCCAGAGUGAGCGAGACAACCAGUACCUGGAGACUCGCAUUGAUUCCUUCCUUGAGAACUACGGAGCGACCCUUGCUUCUAUGUCCGAUGAAGAAUUCGAGGGUCACAGACGAAGCAUCAUCAACAAGAGAUUGGAGAAGUUGAAAAACCUCGGUUCCGAAACCGGUCGAUUCUGGUCUCAUAUUGGCUCGGAGUAUUUCGAUUUCACACAACAUGAAACCGAUGUCGAGGUCUUGGAGGAAUUGACCAAGGAUGAUAUCAUCGAGUUUUACCGCCAGUACAUCAACCCCAAUUCUGCAACUCGCGCAAAGCUUUCUAUUCACAUGAAGGCACAGGCGAGUGCAAGCCUCAUUGCUUCGCCAGAGCAGAAAGGCGCUGUGAUCUCUAAGAUUGAGCAGUUCCUCGGCGCAGCUGGAGCCAAGGUUGAUGCAGACAAAUUCAAGGAAGCCUUCAAGGACAUCACCAUCUCCAGCAAUAACUUAGAUGGAAUCGUCUCCACCGUGCGCGAUCACUUGACUUCAGCCUUGAAGAUGGCAGAGGAUGAAGCCACGAAGCUUCUAGAGCCAGCCAAGGGGCUUUUGCCUAAUUUGCUCACACAAGCUGGUGUGAAAACCGUUACCAACGGGGACAAAGAACCUGAAUCCAAGGAAGUUUCUGCGAACGGCGAUGCUAAUGGCAUCGUUACCAAGGGCAAUGAACCUCCCCACCGCAAGCAGACGUUCAUUACCAACGUUCCUGAAUUUAAAGCACGUCUUAGUGUCAGUGCCGCUACAGUUCCGGUGGUCGACUUGUCCGAAUUUGAAGACUUCGACCCAAAGCUCUAG